AUGGCUAGUAACAGCAAUCUUCUGACAAAUCUACCAGUCUUUGAUGGCAAAAGCUGGAAUCAAUGGAGCAAGAAGAUGCAUGUCAUCUUCAAUGUUCAGGAUGUGGCUGAAUAUGUUGAUAAUGUCUACACUCCAUUGGAGGCGGAUCCUACACUAGAACAACGGGCAGCCUUCAAGGAGAGAAAGAAGCAAGAUCAGAAAGCAAUGCUCUACAUUCAUCAAUGUGUUGAUUCUAAAAUCUUUGAGAAGAUUUCUGAAUCAGUGACGUCUAAAGAAGCCUGGGAUCUGCUGAAAAAGUACUAUGGUGGUGAUGAUAAAGUGAAGAAGGUGCGGCUUCAGGUUCUACGAAGGCAAUAUGAGGCACUGCACAUGAUGAAGAAUGAGUCAGUGGCUGAGUAUUUCACAAGAUUGGUGGUUCUGGCCAAUCAAAUGAAGAACUGUGGUGAUGAAUUGCCAGAAAUUUGUUUGGUAGAGAAGGUACUUCGCACUUUACCUUCAAAAUUUGAUAUCAUAGUCACUACUUUAGAGGAGACAAAGGAUCUCAGUACCAUGAGAUUAGAAGAUCUUCAAGGAACCUUAGAAGCCAGGGAACUCAGAAUUUCUGAAAGGGAAGCUGAUGAUGAACAUGAACGUGCUUUGUUCAUUCAAUCCAAGAAGAAUUCCUCUUUUGAAGAAAGGAAAAAGAAGUGGAAAAAGGGUAAACAGAAAUUUCGUGGCAAAGAAGAUUCCUCAUCAAAGGAUCAUGGUGGUGAAGAUGAUAAAUUAGACAACAAGAAAGGUGCUGGUCAUGAAAAAAUCAAGAAGAAAUUUGAUAAGAGCAAGAUUCAAUGCUUUAAUUGGGGUCUUGGGAAGAAGCAACAAUCCAAGAAAACUGAUGAAGAAGCACAUCUUGCACAGUGUGAUUCAGAUACUGAACCACUUGUGAUGAUGAUUACAACCAAUAAGGGUGAACAAACUUCAGAUGUUUGGUACUUGGACACAGGGUGCUCCAACCACAUGACAGGCCAUAGAGAAUGGCUUAGUGACUUUGAUGCCACCAAGAAGACACAAGUCAGUUUAGCAGACCAUAGUAAACUUACUGCUGAAGGAAAGGGAACAAUUUCUCCUGUAACACCAGGUGGCAGACCUGCACUUGUGAAGGAGGUUUUCCAUGUUCCACAUCUGAAGUGUAAUCUGAUUAGUGUUGGCCAGCUAGUAGAAAAAGGGUUUCUCAGUGACAAUAGACAAAAGGGGGCUGAGAUUGUUUGA